ACAAAGCCCAACAGGCAGAAGGGAGAAGUGAAAAAGAAUUCAUGGACAAAAAAGAAAACCGCAAAAAAACAUUGCAUUAGUUUUGAGAGCAGAAGGUGGAGCAGUCAUGCAGAUUUAAAUCUGCAGCCCUGGUAUGCUGUGUGUCUUGUUUCUAAAGCUGACUUGAGUCACACUAUAAGUGCUUUGGAUCCGGUGACAGCCUCGACACAAACGCAUCAAGAGACGGAACCGACAUGGAGAAUGGGAAGAACCGCCUGCAGCAGACCCAGGACGAUGUGGAGGAGGUUAAGGUCAUCAUGCUGGACAACCUGAACAAGGCUGAAGAGAAAUCUGAGAAACUGCACGAACUGGAGGAUAGGGCAGAUGAGCUGCAUUCAAAAAUGAAUGAGGCGAGCUGGUCUCCCUGGGUACGACAGAGAGAGUCCAGGACAUGCCACGAGGUGCACCCUGCGGGUCACAUCUUUCCCACAUUGCCCCGUUGGCCGGUGUUACAUCAGAGAACUAAAAAAGCAAACAGCCAGAAAAACCUAAACUUAAAUUCAAGCACCACUUGGAUACACUUUGUGAUAACAUGGUUUCUUAUUUCCUAGGGAAAAAAACUAAUUCUUCUCCAGGCAAUAUUUUUAUUAUAACAGUGGAUCAAAUGGCUUUGUGUGAUGUGAAAGGGGUCAUUUAGACAUCAUUUAAUGUAAAGAAUGAUGUCAUUCAAUGUUGGACAAAUUUGUACAAAAAAACAUUCAAUUCUUGGGUUCGAAUUACACUGUGGCCCUCAGGGGAGGCUUAUUUUUCGGGGAUAAGAAGGUACUGGACACAUGCACCCGCCUACGUGCAAAAACAUACUGUAAAUACAGUCCAAUUCAUACACAGAAUAUUUAGCCUGGGACAACAAAGAAACAAUAAUUUAACUUGGGUCUUGAGGAGCUUCAUCUCCUUAAGUUCUCUGAUAAAUGCUCAUCAGUGUGAUGUAACACUGGCCAACCGGCUUGUCGACCCCCAGACGGACCAUAGUGUUCAUGUUAUCCAUUGUUAAUACAAACACAUUGAAUAUUACCAAAAUCCAUCCAUCCCAUCUUGUCAUAUGUUCCAUAUGUUUCAUACUAUCAGACUAUUUAAAAGCAGUUUAUUUACACAACAACGUAAUGUAACACCUUCCAUUUUGUUUGUGUGUUUUC